UAAAGAAACGAUUCAUUCUUAAUAAUUUAAAAAAAUAAAUAUGAGAUGAUGCAGCAAUUGCGCCAGGGGGCAGUCGUCUACAGCUCGAAAUAAAUUCACAGGCGCCGAAGAAAAAGUGUGCGUGUGCGUUCACGCUUUUGUGUGCGUGUGUGUGUGCAUUUGGGUGUGGGUGUGGGCGAGCGAGCGCAUGUGUGUGUGUGUGUGUGUGUGGAUGCUGAUGCUGGGAAGACGAAUGGCUCCGAGGAAAAGGAGGAUGCCCUGAAAAUGGAGGAGCGCGAGUGGAUGUGACUGUCCGCAUCUUGGCUCCGAUAAUCAGAUAAAUGGCUCUUUCAAACUGGGAGCUGCACGCGUGCUGUCCAGCUGGCAGAUGCAGUGCCUAGUGCCAGGGGACAACGGCAACAUGAACGGGACCAGUGAGCAGGUGGACAUCCUGCCGCCCAACUGCAUGGUCAAAGACCGCUGGAAAGUGCUCAAGAAGAUCGGUGGUGGGGGGUUUGGAGAGAUCUACGAGGCCUUGGACCUGCUGACGCGGGAGAACGUGGCGCUGAAGGUGGAGUCGGCUCAACAACCCAAACAGGUUCUGAAGAUGGAGGUCGCGGUCCUCAAGAAGCUGCAGGGUAAAAACCAUGUGUGCAAAUUCAUCGGCUGUGGGAGAAAUGACAAGUUCAACUACGUAGUGAUGCAGCUGCAGGGCCGUAACUUGGCUGACCUGAGGAGAAGCCAACCACGGGGAACGUUCACGAUGAGUACGACUCUACGGCUGGGGAAACAGAUCCUGGAGUCCAUCGAGGCCAUUCACUCUGUGGGCUUUCUUCACCGCGACAUCAAACCGUCCAACUUUGCGAUGGGCCGGCUUCCUUCCACCUACAGGAAGUGUUUCAUGCUGGAUUUUGGUCUGGCGCGACAGUACACCAACACGACCGGAGACGUUCGACCACCCAGAACGGUGGCAGGCUUCAGAGGAACGGUCCGUUAUGCAUCUGUCAAUGCUCACAAGAACAAGGAAAUGGGUCGCCAUGACGAUCUGUGGUCAUUAUUUUACAUGUUGGUGGAGUUUGCUGUUGGCCAGUUGCCAUGGCGAAAAAUCAAGGAUAAGGAACAAGUGGGUCAGAUCAAAGAGCGCUACGAUCACCGCAUGUUGCUCAAACACAUGCCCUCGGAGUUCAACAUCUUCCUGGAACACGUCCUGGCCCUGGACUACUACACCAAACCUGACUACCAGCUGCUGAUGUCGGUGUUUGAAAAUAGCAUGAAGGAACGCAUCAUCACAGAGAACGAGCCCUUUGAUUGGGAGAAGGGAGGAAGUGAUGUCACGUUGUCUACCAGCACCUCAACUCAACCACAGCAAAAUACGCGACCCACUGCCGCAGUCUUGGGGGCUGUGGUCAGCUCGGUCCCAGGUGGAGACGUGCUGAGAGAGAACACGGAUGAUGUUCUCCAGGACGAGCACCUGAGUGACCAGGAGAACGCCCCCCCCGCUGGCCCCCAGCCCGGCCGGCCCAGCGGGGAGCCGGCCCCCCAGACCCCCGGGGAGGGAGGGGAGGGCUGGGAGGACACCGACUUCAACCGCAACAAGCUGCGGAUCAGCCUCACCAAGGGUGCUGGUGAGGAGGAGGCGAGUCGGGGGGCGUGCCCAGUGUCCCCUGGGAGAGGCGGGGCUGUGGAGUCACCUGGGGCGCAGGUGCGUUCCCUGCGCUACCGUCGCAUCAACAGCCCCGAGUCGGACCGCGUCUCGGCCGCCGACGGACGCGCGGACGUCAACGGCCAGAGGUCUAGGAUGGACAUCCUGGGCUCUCCGUCGCGCCACGUCUACUCCUCCCAGCCGGCCCAGAUGUUGUCCAUCGACGGUUGCCGUGGCGACCGGCAGGCGAGCGGGCGCCAGGACGGCUCGGUGGCGUCCGGGGACCAGGAGGCCCACAGCAACGCCUUCAUCCGCUCAGUGCCGCUGGCCGAGGAGGAGGACUUCGACAGCAAGGAGUGGGUGAUCAUCGACAAGGAGACGGAGCUCCGCGACUUCCAGCCCACCACCUCGGGCACCACGGACGAAGAGCCGGAGGAGCUCCGACCGCUGGAGGAGCAGGAGGAGAAGAGGCGCCUGAGGACUGCAGCUGGGGAGCUGGUGGUCCGUCCAAAGACCCACGGGAGGGACAGCAGUCGUGGGAUGCUGACGCUCACCGAGGAAGAGGCUUCCAGGAGGAGUGGGGGCAGCCCGGCCCAGUCGCCGUGCCACUCGCUCCCUUCAGGACGCCCCCGCAGGAGAGAGUCGGACCCCAUCGGACCCCACAGACCGGUGAUGUCCCCGACAGAACCAGCCUCGCCGGACUAUCGCACCAAGAGACAGAGUGGAGAGAGGGAACACUUCCACAUCCUGCCUCAGCUCCAGGCCCAGAGAAGUGAUUUGCUCACGGUCAUCCUGACCGGCACCCUUCCCCAGCGCCGAGGCAUCUCCGUCCCUCCUACGGACCGCUGGGAACCCCCGGGGCCUGGGGAGGACGACGUCACCAAGAGUGAGUCCCACAGCGAGGCCAGUCAGAAGAGCACCGAGCGCAGCCAGGAGGCGGCGCCGUCCACCCUCAUGGCCGAAGACCAAAGAGUCAGGGAGCCCAUGUCGGCUGGGGACGUAGACCCGGACCUGGAGGAUGGCUCCAAGACCCUGGUCCUCUUUUCGCCGGGAGACACACGCAAGUCUCCCUCUGGGGGAGACCAGCUCCUGGAAGCUGGUUUAGCCACUCCCUGUGCCCUCACUCCCUGUACGGACAGGCCCCUGGACAAACUGGGACUCCCUGCACCAGCAGAGUUCGCUGAGACUGGCAGGUUAUCGCCGGCUCUCCGGUUUGAACUGCGACCGUCCGCCCAGAUCACUCCAGCAUCCCCACCCUUUACCAAAGUUGAACGCACUUUCAUUCAUAUCGCCGAGACCUCACACCUAAACGUCAUGUCUUCUAGCACACAGUCCGUCAGAGAGGGCGACCAGGAUGUAUUAUCUCAACCUAAGGAAGCCGCAAUCGAGCUGCAGAUUCUCAUAAAGAGAGAAAAACCCCAGCAGGGGCUGCGUACUCAUGCACCGCCGGAGGAGCCCUCUCUGACAGAUCCCAAAUGCCGUGACAUGACUGCCCCGAACCAAUCAUCGGAGCCUGUGCCAGAAGCAAUCUUGGAAGAGUCGGAUGUCAAACAGUCAGUAGCCAGUAAGGAAGAACCUGCAAUAGAACCACAAGAGUCCAUCAGGCCCAAAGCUCGCAGUCGCAUCCCUGUGCUUGCUUCUGGAGAAGACUCUGGCUCGGACAGGUCUUCCUCCACCUCUGCCCGGGCCCAUCUUCAGAAGCGAGCUAGACAGGGGGAUCUGGCCCGCUUGCUAGUGCAGAAGCAGCAGGGCCGUUGGAUCAGGAAGAGGUUGAUCUCUGGAACGUCCUCCUCCCUCUCCUCAAUGGACGAGGAAAGACAGAAGGCUUCAGAAACUCUCUCCGCCACCGGCUCAGAAGAGGACACCCAUACCUCAGAAGAGUCCAGAAGGGGCCCCUGUCUCCUGCCGACUGAGGAGCACGGCUCCAUGGAGGGGCGGAGCAGGAUCCCAAGGCCCCAAACCCCCCGGCCCCAAACCUCCAGGACCCUCACCCCCCGGCCCCAAACCCCCCGGCCCCAAGCCACCAGGACCCUAAGCACCAGGACCCUAACCCCCAGGCUUCUAACCCCUGUUAAGGGGCCCUCAGAUGAGCUUCCUGCUACACGACCCUCCCAGCGAUUGCCGCCAGGAACCAGCUCUAGCAAAGGAGCAGCAGCUCCACCUAAUAGGCUCCAAAAGUUUGGCAUGAGAAACAAACCACUUCCUGUCAGGUCUGGCUCCGCCUCCUGUCCCCGCCCCCCUGCUGGCCCCGUCGCGGCACCGCCACUACGCACCAUCUUUGGAACCCGCCGCAGUCUCAGCUCCACCCACUGCAGGAAUGACAGUCCCUCCCCUCACAGGCUGCUCCCCACCAGAACACCCCUCUCCGUCAGGACUCCACCCCAGACGCAGCCCCGAACUUCGGCUCCCCUGGAGCGGGGACGCAGCCGCCCCAAAGCAGCCUCGGGGGGUGCUAGAUAA